AUGGCUGCGGGCAAUCUUCAUACUGUUGCUUUCUUUGGUUCCACGGGCGGAUGUACUUUGGCUUGUUUGGUUCAAGCCUUGGAGGCCGGUAUCUGUUGCUCUGCUUUGGUUCGCGAUCCGGCCAAGCUCCAGAAUCUACUGCGCCAACGGGGUAUUUCCGAAUCAGUCACCGCAGACAAGCUCUACGUUGUCAAAGGCAGCGUGACGGACCUUGACGCAGUGCAACAGACACUCGUGUACAAGGGUCGACCCGUCGACAUAAUUAUCUCCGGCGUCGGCGGCAAACCCAUUUUCACGAACCCGUUGAGACCCAGGCUCGACAACCCGACUAUCUGCCAGGACGCCGUUAGAACCAUACUCGCGGCAUCCCGAGCACUUGGUGCAAAGCCGGUGCUUAUCGCUAUUAGCUCGGUGGGGUUGACCACCAAGAAGCGAGACUCGCCGAUUGCCAUGGUGCCGUUGAACUACUGGCUGCUGAGGGAGCCACAUGCGGACAAGAAAGUCAUGGAGGAGACUAUCUUCGACGAGAUGAGGAGGCCCGAAGCAGAUAGGGCAAUUCGGGAUUAUACUCUCGUUCGCCCUAGUUGGUUCACAGAUGGUGAGGGAGUUGGACUGGCUAGGAUUAGGGCUGGGACGGAGAUGAACCCCGCGAUUGGGUAUACUAUUUGUCGCAAUGAUGUUGGUCUUUGGAUCUUUGAGAACUUUGUUCGUCGGCCAUUGCAGCUGGAUAACCCGUAUCUGGGACGGCCGAUAACCAUUACUGCUUGA